CAGCUGGAACUCUCCGCCUGUGUGAAAGCUUUAUCGCUCGCUCAUUCGAGUAGUAGCAAACGAAUUGAAUAAUUACGAAUCAAACGCGCGCCGUUAUAGCCAAAGCAAAUCGAAAAUUUUGCCGAAAAGCAUUGUGUGUUUGUUUUUAAUUGCAUUAUUGCAUCAACAAUAGCGAAACGCGUUUAAACAUGCAAUAACUUGCAGUUGUCAAAGUGCCGUCAGCUGUGUUUUGUUAUUUACACAUUUAGAACAACAGAAAAUAGUUGGAAAAAAAAUAAAAUAAAAAUCACAAAUUACGUGCGAGUGUCAUCUUCUUUUAUGUGUUUGCCAGCACGAAGAAGGCGCAUUCUUAUUUUGUGCUAAAUAUAUAAAUAUAAACAAGUGUGCAUGUAAUUGUGUGUGUGUGUGCGCUUUAGUACUUGCUUUGUUCUGUGUAGUGUGCGUUUUGUACUAAAUCUAGUUGCAAGUGCUGCAAGUUCUUGACGCGUUGCAAGCGCAAACAGAGUGGUUAGUCGACAGUCGUGUUGUUGGCGUUCCGGUUCUAGUUAAAGAACGAAAGUGAAGACGCCAUACUAGAACACCAGCCGCCGCCGCUUUGUGGGCACGUUUGGCAUUUUUAAACGCCCGUCGUGCGAGAGUCUUUUGUGGAUUGUUGCUUGGAAGUUUUGUGUGGACGCUAAAAAAGAUUGGCUUCUGCGAAUAAUAAAAAAAAAUAUUACAUUAAAAAAAGUUAUAAUUUCCGGUUUCAUUCAUAAGAUCAGUGUUGUGGUUUAAACAGUAUAAACACAAAUUGGCAGCGGCAGCAAUUGUGGUUGCGGUAAUUUGCGACAAAUCUUGUCAAACAACGCAAAGUGAACAAAUUAUUAAAGAAAAAAAUAAUAAAUUUAAUAUUUUUAAGUGAAAGAAAAUUCAAGUAUAAAUAAAUAAAAAAAAAACCAAUAACAAAGUUAAAAAAAAUUAAAAAGCAAAAAAAAUACAAGCAUAAAGAAACAAAAAAUAAAAUCAACAAAUUAAAAAAUAUAUCAAAAAACCUUAAAAUUUAAAUAAAUUACAAAAAAUCAAAAACCUCAAAAUCAAAAUAAAAUACAAAUGUAAAAAAGCAGAAAUUUAAAACAAAAGUUUUUGGCGUCCACUCACCCCUCAGUUUCUGGUCGUUGUGUCUCACAUUUCCAAGAAUUGGCAGUUAAUUUAAAAGAAACCACGAGAGGUGAGCGAAUAAAGAGAUAAACGGCCCAGCGCAAAACAGCUUAAAAAACAACACGUAUGCCAACAACAAAAAUAAAAACAAAGUGAAAAAACAAAAUCGCCGUGUGUGUGUGUAGAAAAAAGUAUGCAAAUUAAAAAAAUGCCGGCUGCGUGUGUAUGUGUAUGAUUUAGCCAAGCGAACGAGUUUCCAAUCGCAUACCAGAAACGUCAAAAAUUAUUGAAAACCAACGCAGACCGUAUGUGCGAUAUUUAAAUCAGAUUUACCACAUAUAUUUGCCACUGGAAAUCAUUUUGAAAGCGCGCUAAAUUCUAUUAAUGAAUUAAUUAAUGAGCGUAAAUGCAAUUUAAUUUAAAUCAAUUUGCCACGUUGUGAUUUAGUGUUUCAAAAAAAAUUUAUAAAAAUAAAAAAAAAUAAAUUGUUGGUGAGCGAAACCCGCUGAAAUUGUAUCCUUCGUGUGUGGGCGCCUAUGCGAAGCAAGUGAAAAAGUUUAAAAAUUUAAAUUCUACGCGUAUUGCUAAAUUAUUCAAUUAAUUUGUGUGCUUUCCGUGUUUAUUCGGUCGUUCGUUUGGUGCGUUUUUGUAUGAGUUCGCGAAAUUCGAGUAGUGGUAACGGCUUUUUAUGGCACAUCGGGCACUCAUUGCACAAGCGUAGCGAGAAGAAAAUGAAAACAAUUUCAUGAUACUACAAGUGGUCUGAAUCAGUGAUACUAAACUAUUUGAGAAUGCCGUCGACACCGUACGAUUUGGUGCAGGACGAUCAGGAUUUGCGUGUGCCGUUGCAUGCCGAGCAGGCCUUCUUCCACGGCAUCACAUUUCAAGCUAAGUUCGUCGGCUGGGAGGAGGUUUCACGUCCAAAUACUCGCGCCGAAAUCGUGCAGGCCAUGCGUCGUAUACGGUACGAGUGCAAAGUCCAGAAUCUAAAGAAACGCAAAGUGACUAUACACAUUUCGGUGAACGGCGUACGUGUGGUGCUCAAGAAACGCAGAAGAAAAAAAAAGAACUGGACAAAUGACGCCGAAGAAAUCGAACUACUCAAUCAUCCCAUCUAUAGAAUUUUCUAUGUGUCACACGACAGCAGCGAUCUCAAAAUAUUUAGCUAUAUUGCACGAGACGCCAGCACAGACACAUUCAAAUGCUCCGUUUUCAAAAGUCAUAAAAAGUCACAAGCGAUGCGUAUUGUACGCACCGUCGGUCAGGCCUUUGAAGUAUGUCACAAAUUUAAUCUUCAUAAGAAUUCCUUGGAUCACAACGACGAACGCUCGGAUGUCUCAUCCGAGUUACUCGAUGUAGAACGCAUUUCGGUACAACAGCUGACUGAUGACGAGCUGGAUAAAAAAGAGCCGCUGACCGCUGUGACGGACAUAAAGCCACCGCAAAGACCGAAUCAUCUGGAAUUGGUGCCACACACCAGUUCGAAUAUGCGCAAGUCACCCAGUUUGUUGACCGCUGACGAAGACAAAUCACCCACUACACCGUCGUCGCCCAGUCAUGAGAUCAACAAACUAAAGGAUCAAUUGGAGCAGCAGGCCAUACAAACGCGCCAGGCAUUGGCACAGCUGAUGUUGGUGCGCGAGCAGCUUAUAUCGGAAACAAAUGCGCGCAUCGAGGCUCAGGCACGCACACAGCAACUGCUGCAGCAGAAUCGCGAGCUGCUCGAGCAUCUGGCAUCGCUGGGCGCCUACAACGAACAGCAGAGCGCCGGACUGACUUCGGCCAAUAUCGGCAUGGCACCGCAGCUGCAAAUGUUAUUGCAAGCUACCGGCAACAACAACAACUUGGCCACCAUCAAUCAACAAAUCAACAGCCUUGGCUCCAUCAACCAACAGCUGACAUCGCUCAGUCAUCAGCUGAGUGGUUUGAAUCAGCAAAGUCAGAAUAUACAAAACUUCCAGAAUAUUAACGCCGCGGCGGCGGCCGCUGCGCAACAGCAACAACAACACCAACAGCCAUCACCGCCACCCGUCAGCCAGCAGCAGCAGCUGACGCCACCCUGUUCGGCUGCCUCGUUGCAACAGUCGCAGUUGCACUUGAAUAUCGCCACCAAUGGCAACAACACCAACAACAAUAGCAUUAAUAACAAUAACGCCUGCGGCGGCAGCAGUCCAUUCCCUACAAUGAAUCAAUUGCAGAGCAUAAGCAAUCAGCUACAACAACUCAAUGCGCAAGCGACACAGUCGCAGCAAGACGCGUUGUCGAAGGACCUCUUCCAGGUCAAUCAGGAGCUGUUGAAUCGGCUGCAGGCGCUGAAUUUGGGUGCCAGCAAUACGAACGCCUUGACGCUCAACACCGGCGCGCCCAUGGCUAGCGCCCAACAGACACCAUCGCCGCGCAACUCAUUCUUCUUCGUUAACCCGAUGUCGGUCAGUCCAGCGAACAAUAACAAUAACGCGGGUAAUUUCAAUUUUCUCAGCUCGCCGGGCGCGCUUUCGGGGCAGCUGACGCCCUCGCCCAUGAGCACGCUCGCACGCAACUCAUAUGCGCACAGCCCACAGCUGCAGCAGCAACAACAUGACGUGGAUGCAUUACAACAACAGCUGAGCAGCAUCGAUCAGAACUUGAAUAACCUAAUCGAUGAACAAUUGAUGAAGCCACUCGGCGGUUCGAUAAUGUCGACGUCCUCCAAUGGCAAUAUAGCCGCCGGUAGUCCCUCGGGUACGCGCGAAUCCAGUCGCUCCUCGUCGACACUGGACUCGGCGUCACCAUCAUCGCCGCGCAUACGUACCGGCGGCAUCGCGAACAACAACAAUGAGCCACGCUUCAACACCGUCAUGCUGAAAGUGACCGACGAAGCGGGUAAUGUGACGAAUCAGCGCAAGCUCUCGGCCACACCGAGCUUCAUACAGCGCAGCACAAGCGAAAAAGUGCCGAAUCGCAGUCAAAUUAUGAGUCAAGUGCAACGAACGGCCUGGGCGCGUCAUACCACCAAAUAACAGUCGGCCGUCGGUGGCCAUGGUGGUGGAGAAGAGAGUGUUAUGGAUGCCGUCUUAAUAGAAAUCUAGUUGAGCAUAAGUUGGGCGGGUUAGCUGUAGCACAGCGUUAUGGAUUGUGCUGCAACAGUAGUAAAUAAAGGUUUUUAUAAAUAACCUCCAAACCUUGUAUAUUUAUGGAAGAAAUGGCUUAAAUAAGGCGUUAGUAUACAUAUUAGGGUGGUCCAAAAAUAUAUAAAAACUAUUUUAUAAAUUUAAAGAGCACAAAUAGUUGAUUUCUAGAAAAAUGGCUGAUAUACUUAUUAUAAAUAUUAGGGUGAUCCUAAAAAUAAGAAUGUAGGAUUUUUAUUCUUUUUUAUAAAUAAAACUCUUUAAGUCAUUUAUUAAAAAAUAUAUUUGAUAUAAGGUGUUAGUACACAUAUUAGGGUGGUUCAAAAAAAAUAUUUUUUUUGGAAUUUUUUCUCUUUUUCUUAUAAAUUUAAAAGCAUAAAGAGUUGAUUUCAAAAAAACUGGCUGAUAUACAUUAUUAGAAUGAAUGUUAGGGUGGUUCUAAAAAUAAAUUACGGGAUUUUUAUUCUUUUCUAUAAAUGAAUAUCUUAAAGUAAUUUGUUUGCAACAAAUAUUUGAUAUAAGGUCUUGGUAUGCAAAUUAGGUGGUUCUAAAAAAUAAUUUUUUGGAAUAUUCCUUUUGUUUAUUAAUAAAAGCCCUUAUUUUUUUAUUUACUGAAGGAUCAGCCAUUUUAUACAGCGUUGCUAUACUAUAAAUAUUAGGGUCAUUCUAAAAAAAAAUAAUGUGAGUUUUUUCUUUCAAUUUUGCUAUUAUACUAUACUACUAUCACAUAUAAUUUUUGGUCGUUUUUGAAGAACAUUUUGGGCGCCUUUCAAAGUGUCAAAUCUCGAAUUCUUCUUUGUCGGCUCAAAAUAAAUUUUAUUUAAACCUAACCGUAUAAGAGCGGCGUCAAACUUUCUAUAUAAUACGUUAUAAUGUAUUGAAAACACAAAUGUAAAUUCUAUAUAAAAUUUCAUGUACAUAUUUAAGGACCACCCUAACACAUACAUAUAUAGUAUA